AAACCGAUGAGCGGUUGCCAGUGACAACAUUUUUACUUUUUGAAAAUUACUGUUAAAAUUGCAUUAACAUCAAAAUGGCAAACCAAGAUGAGAGGUUUGCAUUCAUCGUGGAGUGGUAUGACGGUAAUGCUGCACUCAUACGACGAUACCAAUUCCUCUACUAUUCUGCUGACUGCACAGUUGAGAUGUAUGACAUCAAGAACAAGCGCAUAUUCCUGAAGAGAUCAAGGCAAGACUCUGUGCGCCCAGAAGACCUCUAUAUCGGGAGCACGAUCAACUUCAACUCCAGGCAGCUCAAGUUUGUAGAAUAUGGAGACGACUACACCAAACAAAGACUAAGCUCAAAGAAAGAAAAGACCCUAGCCAUGAUAAAACCAGAUGCCAUCUCCAACAUGGGUCAAAUCAUCGACCUAAUCUGCAAGACUGGCUUCAAUAUAACAAAACUUAAGAUGGUGAGACUAACGAAGAAUGAAGCUUUUGAGUUCUACCAGGAGCACCAGGGGAAACCAUUCUUGGAAACACUGUUGAGCUUUAUAUCAAGUGGACCUGUGAUAGCAAUGGAACUAAUGGGAGAUAAUGCUAUAGGGAAGUGGAGAGACACUCUUGGUCCAACAGACUCCUCUAUUGCAAGGAGUGCAGCUCCUAUGAGUAUACGUGCAAGGUUUGGAACGGAUAACACUAGAAAUGCUUGUCAUGGCUCGGAUUCACCAAUUUCUGCAGCGAGAGAAAUUGAAUUCUUCUUCCCAACUGCCGGAAUAAAUCGUCAAAAUACAGCUCAGUUUAACAACUGUACUUGUGCGGUCAUUAAACCACACGCAGUUCUAGCAGGUCAAACUGGAAAAAUAAUCAGCGCAAUUCAAGACGCACAUUUCGAGAUCUCAGCCAUACAUAUGUUUCACAUAGAGAAAGCUAAUGCUGAGGAAUUCUACGAGGUUUACAAGGGAGUGGUCCAAGAAUAUAACAGCAUGGUAAUGGAGCUCACUUCAGGCCCAUGUAUAGCAUUAGAGAUCAGAGCCCAAGAUGCCCCUAAUGCAUUCAGAGAAAUGGUGGGACCAGCUGAUCCGGAAAUUGCCCGACAUUUACGACCGAGGACUCUACGCGCCUUAUUUGGUAAAGACAAGAUUCAGAACGCUAUUCACUGUACAGAUCUCCCAGAAGACGGCUUGUUAGAGGUGGAGUAUUUCUUCAAGAUCCUAGACAGGUAACCAUGGCAACUGCAUGAUUGACAGGACUGCUUGGGAAUAUCGAUCUAAAUCGGGAGAAAUGUAAAAAAUACAAAAACUGAAAGAUGUCAUGUUAUUCGUUAGGCAUUUACUGUACCCCAGUGCCAGUGGGACUGAGACUCUGAACUUGAUAAGGAUUCUGCAAAAAGACAAUUUGAAAAUGAAAUAUAUAUCUGAAGGACGUUUCUAUUAGUAUUGCCACUGUAACAUUGUUUAAAAUCCUACGUCACAAACUCAGAAAACUCUCAUGCCAAUCUUAAAUAAUAUUAACCCAGGUUAAAAUUUUCAUUGCGAUUCAUUUGGUACCAAAUGCUUUUUAGCCUGUGCAUUUUAUGCAAAAUUUAAAACAGGAUAAAAAUGCAAAAUUAUAUCAAUCAUUCAACAAGGUUACAGAUACGUUCCAGAUGUACUUUGUACAAGAAUAUUUAUGCAUUGGGUUCCCAAUUAGAUAGAAAGCCCAGGAUUUAUGUAAAUAUUUUUUAUUGAUUACUGAUGAUGUAAAAACUUUUUUUUGCUUCAUCUCACUGUUAACAAAUUGUACAUA